AUGUUAUACGCCAGCAGCAUAAGAAAAUAUGCGGGCCGGUUCGAUCUUGUUGCUAAUCGUCGGCUGUAUUCGUCCAUCGAUGUGCAAUACACGACAUCUCCAAUAAAAGUGCAGGCAUUUUGCAUGGCAGAAAGUUUCCAGAUCCCGGAAAUCAGCGAAGCAAUAGCAUCGAAAAGCCCAUCCCUCUUUUGUGCAAAGUUGAUUUCCCAGGACAUCUUGCUGAUCAACGAAGCAUGCAGAAAAACGCCGUUUUCCGGAAUAUUUAUCUUCAGUGCAGGGUGCAUGGUUACUUGGCAAUUGGAGUCAAUGAGGCCGGAUUUUCUUCAAUCCCUUCUCCAGAUUUUCACUCCAUUCCAGCGAAAGAAAAUGUUUUUUUCUCCGCAAAAUACGCAAAAAAUCGAUAGCCAGCUGCAGAGAUCAAUGGUCCGGUCUUCGUUCCUUCCCUGUUCAGAUAUCCUUUCCAAGCUUAAUUGUAGCCCAAUGGAGGCUGAUGGCAUUAAUGUUGUCUUUUCUUUGAGCGCGUUUCCUGCAUCGGCAAAUGAACAGGAAGCCAGUUCGAUUGAAGGAAAUACAAACAACGACAUCAUUACGCUCUCAUCGUCCAUUAGAAGCGAAAAGUCAAUCAAGGACCUGGCGACUUCGAGUGACCACGACUUUUUAUUACUGGAGCGGGUCUCAAUUUCCUAUGCACUUGCUCGCUCUGUAAGGCUCGGAUUUUUGGAACAUCUGCUUAACGACUACUUGACCGAAUGUAAGCACCGCGACUUGGCGAUGAAGCUGGCCUUUUCCGGCACGUUUGGCAAAAUGAAGCGAACAGAUGCUCUGAAGGCGUUGGGCCAGAUGAUAUAUUGCCGCGGUCAGUUAAAUUUGUACCACUCCCGCCUUCAAUUGACGGAUUCAAGCCCCGACUUGUUUUGGGACUCCUCCUCAUUGUUGACAAUUUACAACAAAAUAUCUUCGUAUCUGGAGGCACCAAGCCGAAUUUCGCAGUUGAACAAGAAAAUGGACUAUGCUGGUGAAAUUACAGGCCUUCUGCGAACCACACUUGUGGAAAACCAUUCACACUUUCUUGAGGUGAUGAUUAUAGCGCUGAUUUGCAUCGAGGUUGGAUUCGAGUGCCUGCACUAUUUCCUUCUCUUCAAGCAUCCAGAGGUUCUGGGAAUUGAUCAAAAAUAA